CGUUGGAAGGCCGCAGUGAUGGAGGACGUGCUGGACCUGGGCGAGGAGCGCCGUCGCGGCUCGGCCACCUCCGGGCCCAAGAUGGGUCGCCGAGCUCAACUGGAGUCAGCGCAGACUGAGAAUCAGCUCAGUGGCAAGAACUCCUCUUUGACUCUGACUGGAGAGGCUCCUCCUCCAAAGCCACCCCGUCGGCAGGGAGGCUGGGCAGAUGAUUCCAUGAAGGCUACAAAGUUUGGAAGGAAGGCUUCUGAAGAAAUAGAAGAUCACCGCCUCAGACAGCACAGUCUGGAUGGAUCCGAUGAUGGAGGAGAUAUUCCUGUUAUUCCGGAUCUGGAAGAAGUACAGGAAGAAGACUUUGUUUUGCAGGUGGCAGCCCCUCCUAGCAUCCAAGUCAACCGGGUGAUGACCUACCGUGACUUAGACAAUGACCUCAUGAAGUACUCGGCCUUUCAGACCUUGGAUGGAGAGAUUGACCUGAAGCUCCUCACCAAAGUCCUCGCGCCAGAGCAUGAAGUUCGAGAGGCUGAUGUCAGCUGGGACUGGGACCAUCUGUACACUGAGGUAUCCUCAGAGCUCCUCACAGAGUGGGACCAGCUGCAGAUGGAGAAGGAGGACCCUGUGGGGCAGCCCAGGCAGCCCUGAACUCUGGGGAGGACAGCAGACCAUUCUCCCUGCGCAUAGUAACCUCUGCCUCAGACUUGAAAAAAAUACAAGAAGCCUAAAACUAAAGAGGCUUACAAACAGCUUAGAAUUUUUAUCUGGAAUAUUUUGCAAUAAAGGUAUUUAUUGUCAGCAGGCCACAUUGGGUCACUCAAUUAUAAUAAAUUGCUUUACUCUCCGGUGGCCAUCUCUUCCAUUUCUUCCCAGCUCCAUCAAGAGCGAAUCUGGGCGGCUUUUAAACAAUCUGAAGGGAACUCUCCACAUUGUUGAAGAGUAUGCGGGGACGUUAGAUUCAGGAGAAGAAGGAACAUGAUUUCUGGAGGCCACAGCAGUCCUGGGAAUGUGGUCGCUGUAAGCGCAUA